UUCAGGUGUUUAAUUGCUGUCGAUGCAGUUCAUGAAUAGUUAACCUGCUUCUUAAUGAUGGAAUGCUCUCCCCAAGAAUGCCUGCACAUCAACACACAUUGUUGAAGAUCACAAUCUGUUUUCACCAAUGGCCAUCUAGAUCUGCGAAUCUGAACUGUGCUGAAAACCUGGGGGCAUGCACAUAUCUAAAAAUAUGAUGGGCAUGUAGGAGUAGUCCAAGGUCACAUUAUUGGCCACAGAAAGCCUAAAGGAGGAUCUACUACAGAAGCUGCAGUAGUCCUUUUUUUUUAAUUUUUUAUUUAUUUAUUUUUUUUUUGAAAAAGUGUGACUGAACUAUUGCCAGAGUUUUUCUAAGUUCUCACUUUCUAUAUGCUCAAACAGUUUGCAGGGUCUGCAUUCACACGAACCCUGAUUUGGCAUAAAAUGAGGAUUUUGUUAAGACUGAUUUUGUUAAGAAUUGUAACAAAAGGUUUAGGAUCAAGAUCUGUAUGUGUACAUGGGAAAACAAAACCCCUGCAGAAAGCCAAGCACAUUUAAUUAAAUAUCCAAGUGACAUGGAUAAUGAACAUUAAUGACUUGUAUGUAUGAGACUUUUUGAAAGAGCUAUGAGUUGAGUGCUGGUAUGGCAAAUGAUCCAGGACACAAAUCUCAACCGUGAUUCUAAUUGAGACAAACAAUUCACAUGUCACGGAUUAGGAAAAACAGAAUAAGGUUAUGAUAAAUCAAUGUUUUGUUUGAAGAAAUGUUAUGUUACUUCUGUUGUAUUGCUUGAUAUAUUAGCAAAUAAGCCGUUUUCAUGGUUAGUAAAUGUAUGUAAGUAUUAAAAAGUGAAUGUUUUAAGUGAUGAAAUUAAGUAGGUCACUGCACAUGACUAAUUGUAAUGCUUGCUGAUGGUUUAUUUUCUACAGUGAAAUAUAUAUAUAUAUAUAAAAAAAAGUUCAAAUAAAUUUGCGGGAACUGAUUUGAUUUACAUAUAGUCCAGUUAGAUGUGAUGAGAAGAGAUAUAAGCAGUAAAAAGCAGGGUUUUUUUUCUCUUUCAAUAACAUUCAAAACAUUAAAAGUAAAAUGCCCCAAAAAUAAUACUCAAGUAUAGUAACAAAGUACAAAUAACAUUUUUGGUUGGUCUAUGUGUUAUGAUUUUUAAGAAACUAAAGAAUGGUUAAACUGGUGCAAUCAUCUGAGGACUCCUCAAUAUAAACAACAUGGGUAUAUAGACAUUUAUAAACUCUAUGUUAAAAUAGUUUUUUGUGAUAUAAAAAAAAUAAAAUAAAUAAAUAAAUAUAUACAUAAAUACAUAUAGAUAUAGAUAGAUAAAUCUUAUCUGAUCUUUUUCUGCCUUUAAUGUUAUAUAGCAACCAACAAAAAUCAAGUGAAAAACACCUAGGAAUGUUCUAGUUGUUCUAAAAAUAUUCUAGGAAAGAAAAAAACAAAAAACAAAAGUAAGAUAACCUGUUUGCAUAAAUGUGCACAUCAUUUUAUAAUGGGGCAUGUGACUGCUCAGAAUGAACCAAUCACAUUCAAACUCAUUUACAAAAGUAAUUAUCAUACAGCUGUCAUGAAUGAAAUUAUUCUGAUUAACCCCAAAUAAAGAGCAGCUGUUCCUGAGGACUUUCUCAACAUCAUCUUUGUUUCAACAGACUACUGAAGCUACAGUUUGCAAAGAGCUUACAAAGCAUGUACUGGAUUUCACUGUCAAAAGGGUUAAAUCUGCAAGCAUGCCUGGUACACCUCUUCAUCACCUCAUCAUAGGCUCCUCUCUUGUGCUCAUCGCAAUUUCUAAAGUUCUUAAUGGCAAUCCAACACCUCUGUCCAGCUCUGCUUCAUCUCAACCCAUCCUGGAUGUUUCUGUUGGUCUGGAGGAACAUGAUGGUGUCCUUCGGGAUGCAGAAAAUCCUGCCAUGCCUGCUUUGGUAGAAAGUUCCCAGGAGAGUUCUGGGUUCUUCAGUGAGGACAGUGAAGAGAAUAAGGGUCCUCUGGCAUUGCGGAAGUGGGAUGUUCAAGCAGAGCUCAACUCCAGUCUGGAUGCAGAUUCAUUGAUAGGUUAUAAUCCAUCCUCCACUCGUCCUUCGUCUCUCACCCUUCGCCAGGCUCCCAAGAAGUCUAAUUCCUCCUCGCCUUUCUUCCUCCCUGUGGUUAAAGCUUCGGACCCAGAACAGUGGCAUAGGGAGAUUGAGGCCAGUGGUUUUCCAGUUCAUUCUUCCUCUCCACUGUCUACCACAGCUGCAGCUCCACUCAUACACUCCUCCGUCACAGACACACACUCCUCCAUCACUGAGUCCAUGGCUGGGUUCUUUGGACCAAACAGCCCCCUGCCUGAGGCCACGGCUGGUGCUGACAGCCCUGAGGAGGACUUUGAUGAUGUAAGAGAGAACAUCCUCACCCAGGCACCUACCAUUCCAGAAAUAGGGGUGUUCUCUAGCCAAGUGCCCUUCGAGCCUGACGAUUCCCACCAGGACGACUCAGAGGAACAGGAGGAAAAUGAGGAGAUUGUGGUGUUCCCAACAGAGGUAGAUGGACAGGAGGUAGAUGUUUGGAAGCCGCCCUCUUCAGCAGAUUCGGACACUCCUGUUGUGGCCUUCACGGAGACAGCCUGGCAUGAAGCAGGGGGGGAGGAGGAGGAGGAGUCAGAGGAGUCUGAGCUUCGUCAUGGAGGCACUGAUUAUCUGUCAGAGACAGACCUGCAUGGUUCCCAAGAAGCAGUGCAGGUAAUUUGUGUUGACUGGAGUGAUCUGGCAGGAAAAGGCUAUGUCAUCCUCAACAUGUCAGAGGAUUACGAUUGUGAUAAGUUUCGUGUGGAGAAUGGCGACAGGCUGCUGGAGAUGCUGGAGAGCACUUUCUCCAGGAAGAUGAACAGUCCACAGGGCUCGUGGCUCAUCUCGCUUAGCAAACCCACCAAACAGGAACACCAGCUUCUCAUGACGCUUGCCAAUGAGCAGGGUGUCAUUCCUACUAAAGAUGUGCUGUCAAUGCUGGGAGAAGUACGGAGAGGAUUAAACGAGAUCGGCAUUCAGAACUUCUCCAGCGUGAGCACGUGUCACUCCAGACCCAGCCAGACACGAAGCGAUUACGGCAAACUGUUUGUCGUGCUGGUGAUCAUCGGAUCAGUGUGUGUGAUCAUCAUUGCAUCUGGGCUCAUCUACAUCUGCUGGCAGCGCCGCCUUCCCAAAAUGAAAAGCAUGUCCCGUGGUGAGGAGCUGCAUUUUGUGGAGAACGGCUGCCAUGACAACCCCACGCUGGACGUGACGAGCGAUGGCCAACCGGAGCCACAGGAGAAGCAGCACAGCACCAAUGGCGUGCCAGCAGGCACUGGAGCUUGGCAGGGCAUGCCAAACAAGUCGGGCAAAGAGGAGGAAGACGAUCAAGAGGAGGAUACCCACCUCUAAUCAGGAGGAGAACAAAGGGAAAGAGAAAAAUUUGUUAGAAAAGUAAGGUAUUCCAUCAGGGCACAGAAUACCAGAGCUUUUUUUCCAACUACCUGCUGAAUAUUUAAAGUGAUUGUCUUUGGCUUGUACGGUCUUUUAUUUAUCUGCACCAGCAACAGCACGUUCAUGUUCAAUCAAAGUGCCGUGGGUUGAUUCUUUAAUAGUGCAAGCACAGAGAGGCGUCAGUAAAAAUUUUAGCCACGCUAAUUGAAGAGUAUUUCGUUCUGGGCGCUAAGCUAGUAAUUAUCCUUAGCUGUGAAGAAACGUAUUGAAAACCUGCCAAAUUUCGUCUUCAGUAAGUGUUGCACUGUUAGAACUCAACAGGAUAGCAGUAUUUCAUAGGAUCUUAAUGCAUAAUGUAUUUCAACUGGCUAUUACAGUACACGCAUAUCCUAUUUUCUUUUGUAUGGAUGCAUCUAGUACACUUUUGGAAGCAGUACAUUAGCGCAGUGUGUUUUAACAUGGUGAAGUUGCAGCCAAAUGGCCUUGCUCUUUAAUCGCUUGUCGGAAUGGCCUCCCUACAAAUGAGAUGUUUUUCAAUGUUCUUUGUUUUCAGUGUCAUAGUUAAGGUUCUCGCCAGCUCCACAGAGAGGUCUCACAAAUAUUUACUGUAAAAAUUACACUUCACAGGGCUCGCAUUUGAAACAAGCAGUUAAACCUCAUUCUGUUUGAUUUUUUUUUUUUUUUUUUAAUCUUAAUGCCAAAAUGAAGGUAGAGCAAACAGAACCUGUGUAAGACUAAGGAGUGGAUGCCUGUCAUGUAUGCAUUUUUGCUACUUUUAAAGAAAAACUCCAUCAAUUAUUCAACCUAAUUUCAAUCCACUACAUCUCUAUGGUGUGUUUAAUUACCAAAGAUGAGAAUUUUGGCAUUUGUCCUUGUAUUAUGAAAAGAAAAAAAAGAAGUUUCCUAGAAACUCAUGUGAUUUAGAGUAGCCAGUCCACCUGUGGGCAUGUUUUUCGGUGGAAGGAAACUGGAGUACACAGAGGAAAUCCACAUGGACAUAGGUAGAAUAUUGCACCAACGGUUAUAGAUGGGAUUCAACAACUGCCCUUGAGUACAGUACAAGGGUAAAAUUUCUUUUCUGUGGUAAUUACUACAGUUGCAGUGGGUAGAUAUUAGGUUGAAAAACUCUGGAGUCUACAUUUAAUGAAUGAUGGAGUUUAAACAAAGGCAAUUUCUCUGUGUACAGACUUCAUUUAGUAUUCUAAGUGAAAAUAAAUCAGUUCCCUGUGGUUUACAGUGCAGUCACAUCAGCAUAUCUGAUAUUAAAUGGUAUAUUAGUCACACUUUAUUUCACAUAGCUCUUAUUACUACAUAAAAAACAGUGUAAACAAAGAUCAGUUACAACGUCCUGAUUUAUGGAAAUAUUCAAUACAACAUGGAGCUACCUGUCUUUACCACAGUGUGUUGUAAAGCCAUACUUACAGCUAAAUAAAAUGAUUAAUAAAGGGUUGUCUCACUGUUGGAAAGUACCUUUUUCAAAUAGCCAAGACAGGUAUUUCAUCAGGGAAUAAUCUACAGGAGUAAUCUCACCCAAAUUUUUUUCCAUAAAACCUACCCCCAAAUCUUCGUGUACUUGCUUAAACAAAUUGUAAUAGCAGGGAUAGUCAGUAGUGACAAAUUUAUGUUCACAGCAGAAAUAUAUUAUCAUCUGCAUAACAAUUUGGCUUUCAGAUAUUUGGAUGUGGGGUCGAGGUGGAGGAAUGAUACCAAACGCAGCCAACAGGCUCCAGUUGUCCAAGAUGGCUGCCUAAAUAAUGGUAUAGUGUUUAGCUACAUGUGAUAUUUUUUAUAGUAAGCAGUGAUGGCUGGUCACGAUAUUAGAUGACAGGCUAAAAUCUACAAUCUAUCAGUAGUGUGAGAAUGAAACUAUUAAGCCUAAUAAGAGUGAUGUGGGGCAAACUAUUACACACACAUGCUUUAAGACUCAUAGUCCGCUGCAUUCUUUAUUUCUUUAGGUGUUUUAAGUGUUUCAAGUCCAUAAUGACUGACCUGGGUACAUGCAGUGUUGCAGCAAAAGAAAAGUUUAAACCAAAAAAAAAAAACCCUAAACUUUCGGUUCUGUCAUCUGUUCUUUUGUGUAAUUUGGACAGCUUUGUCUAUCUAUUUUCAAUUUCUCCUUAAACAUUUUUUGGGAGGAAAAAGGAUGAUGGAUAAAUAAUCCACCUUGUUCAUGUUCAUUACACUUGUGACUAUACUCCUGGGGAAAAAAGUGGCCAAGCCCAAAAUGGCAAAUAUUAAGCUUUUAAUGGUCUGAACAACAAAUCAUUGGUCAGGAAAUUAGCAAGAAUGAAACAAAUGCACUCCUGAGAGCUCCUGUGCCUCCAUUUGCUCAUUUACUUUUGCUGCAGUGAACUGUUUGUUUGGGGAAAAGCUAGAAACAGGGAAAUUCACUUAUAUAGUCUUCUUGUACGCAAAGGUAAAAUCAUGAUAAUGAUUAAAAUGUAAAAUUCAACCUAACACAUGUCUGGAUGUACAAAAUUUUCCAAAAAUAUCUUCUGGGAUUUUUUUUUUCCUUAAAAGAUUAAUCAUUAUUUGGUUUUCUGCCACACCUGAUGCAGCCCAUCAAGGACCACAAGGUUUAAACAUUUAAAGAAAUCAAAGGGAAAAGCUUCCCAUACUAACUCCCUUUAUCUAUUUGUUUAAUUCUUGCUAAUUUCCUGACCAAUGAUUUGUUGUUAAGACCAUUAAAAGCUUAAUAUUUUGCUAUUUUGGGCCUGGCCCAUUUUUUUUUGCCCGGGAGUGUAUAUUUUGCAUACGCCGUCUCAGUCACUGCUGAUGACGUUACGGAUGGCUCAGUGACAUGAAGGCUAAAAAAUAUCAGGCCAAAUGGAUAUCAGAAUUAGCUAGUGUGUAAUCACCUGACAUGACUGUUGCUGAUCGGCUACAUGAAUCUACAGUCUGGGCUAGACUGUAAUCAGCCUCAGCCUUGCUUCUUCAUACCAUUCUGUCAUACCAUUCACGUCCAAAAUCAUCUACCUUGAGACAUUUGUGUAAAGCAAAUAAUCUGAUAUCAAUUCCAAAAAUUAAACAUUAGAUCCUUGUAAGAGGGCAGGCUUAGCUCUGCUCACAUUUAUACCAGAUGCCCCUGACAGUAUGAUGAUUUGAGGCAGUUACAUUCAGACAAGAUUUUGGGUGACAGACUUCCUGUACCUAUUGGGCUACAUAAGAAAUUAGUACAUUAGUAAGUAUUCUUAACUAGAGUAGAGUUAUGAAACAGUUAUUGCAUUUAAGACCACUUUUUUUUCUGAAAUCAUUUUAUUUACUUAGUAAAUAUGACUACACAAAUUGUCCCACGUCCUCCCUGUGUGUGUGGAGUUUGCAUGUUCUCCCCGUGCUUUGAGGGUUUCUUCCAGGUACUCUGGUUUCCUCCCCCAGUCCAAAGACAUGCAUUGUAGGCUGAUUGGCACUUCCAAAUUGUCCGUAGUGUGUGAAUGGGUGUGUGUGUGUGCGAUUGUGCCCUGCGAUGGGUUCACACCCCAUCCAUGGUGUCCCCUGCCCUGUGCCCUGAGUCCCCUGGGAUAGGCUCCAGGUUACCCCACAACCCUGUGUAGGAUAAGCAGUACAGAGAGUGGAUGGAAAUUAUGAAACUUCAUGUUGUAAUUAGUGUUUCCAUAUUAAGUUAACUGUAACUCAUCUUUAUUUACUAGUUACUACAUUUGUGAUGUUACACUAUAAUAAUUGUUACUGUUUUAUUUAUACUAAACCACCUACUCUAUCUAUAUGACAGUUGACAGUUUGUAUGUAAUGUACUGAUUUAAUGUGCAUGAUGCAGUUAUAGUAAUAUAUCCAAAGCACAUAUCAGAAGUUGGCAGUAUUAAACCAAUCCAAACCAUGGUUAUUGCAAAGUUAGAUGUCUUGGAUAGUUCAUUAUAUCCAUUUUCUGUAUGCUAUUACCUGCAUUGUAAAAAAGCUGACUGAUCACCUCAACUUGAUCAAAUAGAACAGGCUGAUCUUGAUAAUCAUAGAGUAAGCGUAGUUUUUUUGUACUCUACAGUAACUGAACAGCUUUGUUUGCAACUGCACUUUUUUUCAUUUUGAUGUUUAUCUCGAAUGCUUUGUAUGGAGAUCCUCUUAACCGCUUUGUAUGGAACGUUUGUACAGACAAACUCCAAUCUCGUUGUGUUAUUUAAUGUAACUUUAGGUUUGACCGUUUUGAAAUGCAAGACAAUAAAUGUUCAGAGAAUCAAA